UGGCCUGAGGCCUCUGAGGGAAUGCGGGCGGCCAAGAUGGCGGCGGCGGCAGCGGCUGUGCGGCCUGUGCUCCAGAGCUGCAGGUACCUGAGGAUCCCUCAGCCCUAUAGGGCCCAGAGCAGGAGCUGCCAGACCCACAGCAGGGAACAGGCACCCCCCAGGACUGGGAUCCUGCUGUUGAACAUGGGAGGCCCCGAGCGGCUCGAGGACGUCCAGGACUUCCUAUUGCGGCUGUUCCGGGACAGGGACCUCAUGGCCCUGCCAGCACAGAGGUGUCUGUCCCGCUGCCUGUCCCGGCUGCGCAGCGCCAGGGUGCAGCAGCAGUACCAGCGCAUCGGGGGGGGCUCCCCCAUCCUGUACAUUAACCCCAUUACUCUAUGGGGUCCUAUGGGGCUCUAUGGGUCCUAUGGGGUUCUAUGGGGUUCUAUGGGUCCUAUGGUGUUCUAUGGGGUUCUAUGGGUACUAUGGGGUACUAUGGUUUGCUAUGGGUGCUAUAGGGUACUAUGGGGCUCUAUAGGGUUUCUAUGGGUUCUAUGGUAUUCUAUGGUGUUCUAUGGGUCCUAUGUGUUUCUAUGUGUUUCUAUGGGUCCUAUGGGGCUCUAUGGUGUUCUAUGGGUACAAUGUGUUUCUAUGGGUACAAUGUGUUUCUAUGGUGUUCUAUGGGUUGCUAUGGGGUUCUAUGGGUACUAUGGUUUGCUAUGGGUGCUAUAGGGUACUAUGGGGCUCUAUGGGGUUUCUAUGGGUUCUAUGGUAUUCUAUGGUGUUCUAUGGGUCCUAUGGGUUUCUAUGGGUUCUAUGGUGUUCUAUGGGGUAUUAUGGUUAGUUAUAGGGUUCUAUGGGUUCUAUGGGGUACUAUGGGUGUUAUAGGGUACUAUGUGUUGCUAUGGGUUCUAUGGGUUUCU